AUGGAAGACCUUGAAACUAACGUCGUUGUUGAAAACAAUAUAGAUGAAGACAAGGUACUAUACAGUUAUCCUUUUAAAUAUUUUCAUUUAUUAAUAUAUGCUUUUAAGAAUUAUUACUUUAAUAUUUAUUUGAAAAAGGUACAUAAAAAUAAUAAAAUUAAAAGUAAUUCAAUUGAAGAUUAUAAAAAGGAAGAGUUUAUUGAGAAUGUGGAGGAAAUCCAAGAAGUAUCACCAUCAUCAUCUUCGUCGUCUUCGUCAUCAUCAUUCAAUAUUUUAAAAAGUCAAUAUAAUUAUAAAAAAAAGAAAAAAAAUAAAUAUUGUGAUAUAAAUAAUAAAUUAAAUUUUAUAAAAUAUAAUGAAAAAAGGAAAUGCACCAACCGUUCUUAUAAUAAUCGUUAUUAUAAUGAUUAUCUUAAAAAUGAUAAUCUCUCAAAAUAUGUCUCUUCUAGAAAUAACAAAAAAAAUUCGAAUUUAAAAAAAAGUUCCAAUUUAUUUAUUAAUGAAGAACAGCCUGAACAAGGUCAGGAGGAUUUUAUAGAAUAUUCUGAACAAGACAUAAUAAAAUUAAUUUAUUAUUUUAUGGAGAAUUUUAUUUUUAAUAAGAAAAAGGAGAAUAGAGAAAAAAAUGCAAAACAAUUAGGAGAUAAAACAAAUGAAUAUGUAGAUAUGUAUAAGAAAAAAUCUAAUAGUGAUAAAAAUGUGAAAAAAAAAAAAGAAGGAAAAAUAAAUAUAAAAGUAAAGAAUAUUUCUCCAAUGAAUGUUGUUAAUAAGAAUGUUGAGCUAGCUGUUAUGGGAUGUGACACGGUUUCAUUGUCAUUACCUGAAGAGAUAAAAGGAAAAAAUGACUCAGUUAUAAUAGAAGAAAUAGAUGAAAAAAGAAAUGGAGAUGAUAAAAUAGGAACUGUAUUAAAUGAGGAGAAUGUAAAAGGAAAUUUAUUAAAUGGUUUAUUGUUAUGUAACAAAGAAGAUACAGAAGAGGUUAUGAAUAAAGAAGUUUUAUUAAAAGAAAAUAAUAUAAAUGAUAUAAUGAAAAAGGAUGUUUAUAAUAAUAAUAAUAAUAAAAAUAAUGAUGAUAAUUUAAAUGUGGAGAAUAUAGAAAAUGAUAUCAAUUCAACAACCUUAUGUUUUAAAGAAAAAAAUUUGAGCGAGCCUUCUGAUGCAACUCAUAUGAAUAAUGAGUAUGAAGGAAAGAGUAUUCAAAAUAAUGGAGACACCAUUGAUGAUAAUAUAAUAGAUGAUGAAAAAGAAAAUAAAAUAAUAAAGGAUGAAAAGGAAUAUAUGGAAAUAGAAAAUAAUGAUGACAUUACAAAUGGUUGUAAAAAGAAUAUGAAUAAAGAGAUAUCUAUAAAAUUGGGAAUAAAAAAAUGUGUUGAAGAGUCAAAUAAUAUAUCGGAUGCGUGUAAAGAAGAAGAAAAAUUAAAAAUUUUACAAAUAAUUGAUAAUUAUUUACAAAAAAAUGAAAUGUUUUUUAAUAUGAACGAUAUAUUUUAUCCUUUUACUAUUAAGAAUUUUAAUUUCUAUAAAAAUAAAAAUGAGAAGAAUAAAAUGAAGAGAAAUUCGAUAACGGAGAGGAGAUUUGUAAGUAAUAAAAAUAAUAAUAUAAAUAUAUAUAAUAAUAAUAAUAAUAUUUGUGGUAGUGGUUCAUUGAAUAAGAUUCAAUGUAACAUUUCAAAUAGUAAGAGUGUGUAUACAACUGAAGAGAGUAAUAAUAAUUGCCCAUCAAAAGAAUAUAUUAAAAAUAAAAUAUAUUUUAGCAAAUUAAAAAUGGGUUUGAAUAUGUUAUUGAAGCAUGAGAAAAAAUCCAAGAGAGGAAGACGAACAGGAGGAACUAAUAAAAAUUAUAAAAAAGAAUUAGAUGAUGAAAAAAAAAAGGAAUUGAUAGAUUGUGACAGAUUGAUACGUGAUUCAUCAAAAAAGGUUAAUAAGGGUAAGAAUAAAAAUAAGCUCACUGAUAAUAAUAAUAAUAAUAAUAAGAGAAACAAUAAUAUGGAAGAAAAUAUGUUAGAUGUCAUGAAAGAUAAUAUGAAUAAUAAUAUAAAAAAUAAUUAUGUUUAUAGUGGGGGUGUUACAAAUAUUGGUAAUGUAAAAAAUCAAUUAGCUAAUUAUAAUUUUCUAUAUGAAAAUGAAAAAGGAUAUAAUAAUAUAAUAAAUAAGGAUACCAAUAUGAUGAGAAGAAAUAUGUUGAAUGUAGUAGAUAAUAGUCAUAUGAGUAUGUGUAAUUCAAAAACUGAUGAUAAUUCUAAUGUUUUAAAUAAGAAUGAAUCAAUGUUUAAUGGUACGAGUACAAAUAAUGUUAUAAUGAAAAUUAAUAAUAAUAAUAAUAAUAUUAAUAGUAACAACAAUAAUAAUAAUAAUAAUAAUAAUAUGAUUAUGUUUGCAGAGAAUAAUGAAUCUAAUAACAGAGAAAAUAUUUAUAACAUAAAAAAUGAUGGAAUGUACUACGAUAAGAUGAAUAAUAAUAUAAAAAAUAUGGAUGAUAAUUAUAAUAAUAAAAAUGACAAUGUUGUAAGUUUUAGUAGUAGUCAAGUGAAUCCAGUUUAUAACGCUGAAGAUGAUUAUAAGAAUAAACCUCCUAAUGUUUGUAAUACAUAUAGGAAUAAUUAUAUACAUAAUAUGAAUAAUGUGAUGAAUUAUUCUAGAAAUAGCCUGAAUCCUUUAUUAAAUGAGAAUACUGUAAAAAAUGAUGAAGAUGGUAAUAUAAAUUAUUUAAAUAAUAUAGAAAAAAAUAAGAAUAUGGAUAAUGUUAUAAUAAGAAUGUAUAAUAAAAAGAAUAACACACAACAUAUGAAUGUUCCAACUAAAGAUUUUAAAAAUGAUGUAUAUAAUAAAACAGGACAUGUAAACACAUUUAAUGGAAUGAAAAGUAAAACAGCUUCUUUAAAUAAUGCAGUAGCUGGUUUAAUUCCAAAUGAACAGAUGACAAAUGAAGAUAUAUAUAAUGUUAGAUUUAAAAGUGAUGAGAAUUAUUAUAAUCCCAUGAAUAUGAUUGGAUAUAUGGAUAAAAUGAAUAAUAUGAAUAAUUUAAAUGUCACAAAAUUUACCAGAAAAAAUAAUAAUAAGAGUAAUAAAAAUAAUAAGAAUAAUAAGAAUAAUAAAUAUAGUAAAGGUAUAAGUAAGGAUAAAAUAAAAAGUGGGGAUGGUAAGAAUAAUAAUGAUAGUAGUAAUAGUCUUCAAAUAUUUGAAGAUAAUAAUGAUGAAUAUAAGGAUGAUGAAUAUAGGGAUGAUGAUGAUAAUAAUAAUAAUAAUAAUAACAAUAAUAAUAACAAUAUUAAUGUUAAUAAUUAUAAUAAUAAUAAAGAAAGUCAUCAGGGACAUAAGUCAAACGGUGAUAAUAAAAAAGAUAAUGAUAGGAAUAAUUGUUAUGACAACAAUUAUAAAGAAUAUUGUAAUCAUAAUAAUAAUCAAGAUAAAGAUGAUAAUGAUAAUAAUAAUAAUAAUAAGAUACAUAUAAAUAAUGAAGGUAAUAAUAUAAUAAAUUCUUGUAAUAAUAAUACGAAUUAUUUUGAUACACGAGAAAAAUAUAUAUCCAUAGAACAAAAGAAUUUUUAUUUAAAAAACGAAAAAGGAAAGAAUGAUGAUAAGUUUGUAAGACAGGAUCAAAAUUGCAUACCUACCAUAAGCAAUUGUAAUAAUAAUAUUAAUAAUAAUAAUAAUAAUGAUAAUAUGAAUAAUAAAAUGAGUAGGUAUAUAAAUUUUAAUAACAACGUUAAUAUAAAUAAUUAUAAUAGUACUGAUAAUGAUAAAUCUUUAUAUAAUGUAAAGAAUAUUAUAAAUAAUAAUGAAGAGAGAGGAAAUUUUAGUUAUAUAAAAAAUGUUAACAAUAUAAACAAUAUGAAUAAUCUUCAUAAUAAUAAUAAUAUAUUGAGAAAUAAUACCUUUGAUCGAUGUGAUAAUAAUAAUGCUGUUCAUAUGAAUUAUUAUGAUGAUCAGUUGUAUAAUGUGUUGAAUGAAGAAGAAGAAGAUAAAAAAAAGAAAAAAAGAAAAAAAAAAAAAAACACAUCUAUUAUUAAUAAUAAUGAUAAUAUUAUUAAAGAGACACAACAGGAUUUUUAUAUAACAAAUAAUAUUAAUAAUAAUAAUAAUAUGAUGAUGAAUACACACAAUAUGUCACAGAAUAUUAUAUAUGAUAAUCAUAACAAUGUAGAUUAUUUAAAUGUAAAUGAUAAUAAUAUAAACUUAUUGAAUGACAAAAAAAGUGAAUACCAAAAGAAGACGAAUAAGAAAAGUGAGGGAAUAAUGAAUGGAAAAAAAAAUAAAAGAAAAUAUCAAAGAAAAGAUAGUAAGAAUAUAAAUGAUGCGAAUGUGUUGACAGGUAAUAAUUCAGGGUUUAAUAUAUUGCCUUCAUUGUUCACAAAUGAUGAAAGUAAGAUUGACAUUAACAAUAAUAAUAAUAUUAAUAAUAUUAAUAAUAAUAAUAUUAAUAAUAAUAUUAAUAAUAAUAUGUGUACCUACUAUAAUUAUAAUACAUACGAAAUAAUACACAAUGAUAUUAAUAAUGAUGAUAAGAAGAAAAAAAAAAGUGAUAGCAAGAGAAAAGAUCGAAAUAGUAAAAAGAAAAUAAAUAUUAUUCAAAAUAAUGAUAAUAAUAAUAAUAAUAAUAAUAAUAAUAAUAAAGAAUGCUUUGAAAAUAUUGAAAUGAAUAAUUAUAAGCAAGAACAUGAAAGAGUUACAUAUGAUAGUAUAAAUAAUAAUGGUAAUAUUCAAAAAGGUGAUUAUAUUAAGAACAAUAUUUAUAAUAAUAAUUAUCAUCUUCAAGAUGUUAACACGAAUAGUGUUAGUAGUUUAAAUAAAGCAUCAAGUUUUAAUACUAUAUUUACAAAUUCUAGGAGUACCUUUCAAAAGAGUUUAUCCUUUAAUAGUGAUAUGACAAACACAAAGGAUGACAUUAACAUGUCAGGUCAUAAUAAUAGUAUAUCUACAGGUAAUUCUGUACAGAAUAUAAAGAAUGGAAAUAAGAAUCAUAUAAAUAAUGUUGAAAGUGUGAAUAAUAUGGAUAUAAUAAAUAAUGCUGAUAUUAUAAAUAAUGCCGAUAUUUUAAAUACUUCUAAUAGUGAUUAUAAAAACAAGUUAGAUAUUAUUAACAACAAAUUGUAUGAUCAAUUUAAUAACUUAAAUAACGGAAGAUAUCAUAGUAGUAAUAUUUAUAAAGAUAAAAAUUCUCGUUUAAAUAACUCAAUAAAUAAAAAUAUGCAUUUAAAAUAUAAUACAAAUAAUAUAAUUAUUAAUAAUAUGAAUAAUAAUAUAUUUCCUAACGAAUAUAAUAAUAAACAUAUUUGUGGAAGUGAUGACAAUAUGUUUAUGAAUAAAAAAAAAGGAUCAUCUUUAUUUAUAUUGAAUGAGAAAGAAAAAUGUACUUUAAAGAGAAAGGUUACAACUACGACAACUGGAAAUAAUAAAACAUAUAUUAAUAAUAAUAAUAAUAAUAAUAAUAAGGGUAAUAAGAAAAUAAAAAAAAUGAUUGGAACGAAUAUAUGUAAUAAUAAUGAUGGUAAUGGUGGUGGUGGUUGUAGUGUUUCUGCUGCUGCUGUUGAUAAUGAUGGUAAUGAUGAUGUUGUUUGUAAUAGAAGUAAUAUAUCUUCUAUAGUAAAUCAAGAUGAAAAUAGAAUAAAUGAAUUUAGUAAUAAUAAAAAUACAUAUAUAUCUAAAAAUUUUCAGGAGAAUGAUAUGUUUAUUGAAGAAUAUAAUAAUCAAAUAAUGCAUGCUGGAAAUCAUGACAAUACAACUAAUAAUAGUACUACUGGUAGUCAAAACAUGCAAGGUAUCUAUGAUAAUAAUAUGUAUACAAAGAAUGUUGGCUAUUUGAAUAAUUCAAAAGAUGUGAAGCAUAGAGGAAUGACAACAUAUAUGAAUGAUAAUGAUACUGGAGUGAUGAAAAUGGAGAUGUCUAUAUUGUAUAACGAUAAGAAUGUAAACAAUAAUAAGGAUAUUAUAAAUAAUAAUAAUAUUAAUAAUAGUGGAAGUGAUCAUACGCGUGAUAGCUAUCAAAAUGUUAUAUAUAAUAAUGAUAAUGUUAAUCACAAUAACGAUGAUAAUAAUAAUCGAGUAGUUGUAGUAUCAAACGAGGGGAACAAUAAUAUUAUUAUGAAUAUGAAUGAAGAAAAUAAUUUGUUUAAUAUUAUGGGUAGCGAUGAAAAUAGGAAAAAUGGGAUACUACAACAAAUAAUUGGAAAUAAUAAAAAAAAUGAUUACAAUGAUUAUAAUAAUAAUAAUAAUAAUAAUUGUAGUAGUUCAUAUAAAAAUGAUGUUAUAAAAUAUGAUGGAUCAAGAACUUCAUGCUUAUCAAAUAUAAACAAUGAAUGUACAAGACGAAUGACGUUAAACAACGAUGAGAGUAAUAAGAGUUAUGAUUUAAAUGAUCAAGAUCAAGUUUCUUAUUUUCAUUAUAGAAACCAGAUGAAUAAUUAUUACUAUGAUAAGAUGAGUGAGUCUUAUAGAGGUAAUAUGCAGGAUCAAUAUAAAGGUAGAGAUGAUAAUAUGGAAGGGGUGGCUGUGAAACGUAUGAAGAAUUCAAAGAAAAAGAAAAAUGCUACAAUAAAUGAUAAUAUAAAUGAUAAUAUAAAUGAUAAUCUAAAUGUCAAUAUGAAUAACAAUAUAAAUGACAAUAAUAUUAAUAGAAGCAGAAAUAAGAAAAAUAAAAACAUCCACAACAAUAAUAUUACUAAUAGUAAUAAUAAUAAUAAUAAUAAUAAUAGAGAUGAUAAUAAUAAUAAGGUAAAUUUUUCUUUUACCACUCCCAUAAGACAAAAUAUAUAUAACAAUGAAAAUAUGUUAAUUCACAAUGAUAUCCAUACAAUGAAUGAGAAUAAAGUUUGUAAUACAUCUUCUUUACCUUUCAACAAUGAUGAAAUAAAAGGUUAUGAAGAUAAUAAUACAAAUAUUAGAAGAACAUAUAUGGAAUAUCAUCAAGAAAAUAGUUUAAAUGAUAAUCAUUCCAUAUUCAAUGAAAUAAAAAUUAAGAAGAAAAAAGGAAGAAAACCAAAAAUAUCUCUAAUACAAGAAGAAAGAAAUAUAAAUUUACAAGAUAAUCAACUUUAUGAUGUAGAUAAUAAUUUAAAAUCAUAUGUCAAUGAUGAUCAUACAUAUAAUACAACUCAUAAUAUAAACCAAUCUAUAAAUCGCAACAUUAAUCAUACAAUGAAUCAUAAUAUUCCUAUUGAUCAUAAUGAUAAUAAUUUGAUUACAAAUAAAGAUAUGGAUAAGAAUAAAACGAACAAUGAGUGUAAAAGAAAAGUAAAAAUAACUAGAAAAACGACUGAUAUAAAAUUAGGAAAUGAAAAAGUAGAAACUGGUGCCUACGACGAAAAUGGAGAGAAGGUCUCAGGUGUAUGGUAUGAUACUAAUCGAAGACUGUGGAGAGUUAUGUAUAUGGAAAACGACAAGAGAAAAACCAGAGGAUUCUCGCCACGUAUUUAUGGAUUUAAUGCUGCAAGAGAUUUGGCAGUACAAUUAAAAUAUGAAAUGAACAAAAAAAAUAAAAAAUAA